AUGCUGACUGAGGUAUUGCUUAGCAGUGCACUGAUUGGCUUAUCCACAGGUUUUGCCGUGGUUCUGUUCGAAGGAUUCAUCACCAUUCUCGAGGAGCUGCGUGAGGAACUUCCAAUACCAGUGCUGGCUCCCAUCCUUGGCGCACUGGCACUGGCAGCCCUUGUCGCGGCAUUCGGUGGCAAAGAUGGCCUUGCGGGCACUGACAUCAAGUCCUUGAAAUCCUAUGCAACGGCAGGUGGGCCGGAACCGCCGUCGAAUUGGCCGCUGAGGGCCGGAGCAAAUGCUUUGUCUGCUGCGAUUACCCUGGGCUCAGGCAAUUCCCUGGGCCCGGAAGCACCUGCAGCAACGCUGGGCCUGGCGCUAACGUGGCGUUUGGGCUGGGUCAGGCAUGUGCGAGGAAUGCCUACGGCAUGGCCUCGGACCGUCUGGUAUUUGGGCAGCCUUUAUUUGGCCUGGGCAACUUCCCCUCGCCUGAUGCGCCGAAUGCAGAGUGGGGCGGAGGGGGCCUUCUUGGAGAAGGUCAGCCGGGGGCUGCGGGUCGAUGAUCACCAUCCUCCUCCCUGCCGUGAAGAGUAUACAUGCGAUGCGGACAGGGUCAAUGCGAGUCUGCACAGAUCCAAGAGCCGUAUUGCAGUGUACACAUACAAUAUUGGUGGCUACGAGGAGAUGCGUGGUGACUACAUUCCGUGUGUCCCGUCGCACCUCGAUGCUUUCCUGUUUAUAGAUGAGGUUGGCCAGAAACGCUUUGGCAACACGGCUUUGAAGAAAUGGCAAGAGCGGGGAUGGCGAGUCGUGAACUUCACGCAGGUUGAAGGAACCAAGUAUGUAUCCAGUGCCAGAUUGACGAGCAAAUCACUGAAAUUCGCGCCACCUCGUUGGUUGCUGAACGGUACCUGGCAUUGGCUGGUUGAGUACGAUGGCAACAUCGUGGUAGAUUUGCACAGGCUUGGACCAUUUCUGCGAAGGCAGAGAGAGCAGGCCUUGGUUCUGCUGAACUGGGGCUACCACGAGGACUGCACUGAUGACAGCUUCAACUGCUUUAUGACGGAAGUGACAAGCAUGCUCACGGAGAGGGUCCAAUAUGUUGCUCGCUCCAGAGAGAAUGUUCUGAAAUGGAAAGAACUCCUUGAGCAGAUGCACCAGGGCAGACUCACGCACGGAGGCCGGAAAUACACGCCACCGAACUACUAUGAGACGAAUGUGAUUUUUCGCAACCUGAAGCAUGCUAAAGCCCACAGAGUCAGAGACGCUUUCGAGAAGACUUUCCUGAAAUGCCAUGAAAUCCAGCGGGAUCAGUUUGUGGUGCCAUUUUUUCUCUGGCAAGAUGGGCUCGAUGAGGAUACAGAGGCCGCUCCCAUCGAGACCCUGGUUGACGAGCUCGGGUACUGCAUGGUGAGCACGCGUGUUUUCUCGAUCUUUGGUGCACAGGCUGCUGCCGAGGAGACCGCCGAGAAUGGGACGUUGACGAGCCAGGAGGACCGCGAGCUGAUCGAGAAGGCCCUGGAGGGCUCCAAGGUGGUGGCCAGCUUGCCGGGAAAGGAGUUGGACCGCUUGUUGAAGUAUUUCCAGAAGGUAACGCUCCAAGAAGGUGACACCCUGAUGAAGCAUGGUGACGAAGUCAGUGAUGAUGAACCUGGUCUUUUUGUCACGAAGAGCGGGCUGUUGGACGUCUAUGUUCCAGAUGGUGAAGGCGAGAAGAAGGUCUUCACAUACGAGACGAGCGGCGCAGUCGUUGGUGAGCUGGCUGUGCUGUUUCGAGCUCCCCGUGCUGCUACGGUCAAGGCCCGCACGGAUGCCGUGCUCUGGAGCGUGGACCGUAAAUCUUUCGAAGCUUGCGGUGGUCGCUCCGAAGGCUCCAUGGCAAGGAUGAACCAGAAUCCGGAUGCCCUUUUGGCGUCCGGGGCGGCGGCCGGUGUCGCGGCCGGCUUCAAUGCACCCAUUGCCGGCAUUUUCUUCGCUUCAGAGGUCGUGAGACCUGCUGACGACAAUCAGCUGGACUUGACGACAAGGCUCUUGGCGGCUGCUGUCAGUGCUGCUGUUGUCCAGUCUUUCCUCCCAGGCGGACCAGCCAUCAAGACUAACGAUUUCGCAUGGGAAGGAGGCAACUCCGAGCUGUUGUUCUUCCUGCUGCUGGGCGUGCUGACAGGCAUCAUGGCAUACAGCUACAAGAAGAUCGCGGGAGUUGCGCGUGACGUGGCAUCCUUCCUCAAAGAACAAGGUUGGCCGGCCAUAUUGCUACCAGUUGCAGGUGCUCUGCUGACUGUUGCUCUCUCCGUUGCCGUCAACUCCCGUGUACAAUUCGACGGUUUUGGGGCAGUGAACGAAGUGCUCAAGGAUUCUUCGCAGCCUUUGAGCCUGUCCAACAUCAACCUCGAGCCGCUGCUGCAGGAGCGCGGCUCGACGGGUCUGUUCGGAGCGGCGACGCUAUUAGUUCUGAUGGCGACCAAAGUUGUUGCCACGACCUUCUCCUCUGCCACUGGUUUGGUUGGAGGUACUUUCGCCCCCUCCAUCUAUGUCGGUGCAUGUUUGGGGGGUGCUCUCGGCAGACUCAUGGAGGGAUCCGUGAUGGCACAUUCCGCCACGACAACGUACAUCGUAGUUGGCAUGGCUUCGAUGCUGGCCGCGAACUGCAGCGUUCCCAUCACGUCCGUGGUUCUGGCAGUAGAGCUGGCAGGUGGUGCCAGCUACGAGGCUACGUUACCUCUUAUCACAGGGAUUGGCGUGGCACUCUAUGUCUCAGCCGUUCUCCUGCCUGCCCUUCUGGAUGGUUUGGACCGCAAUGCUGCAUUGGCCAGGCUGUCGGAUGCGGCAGAAGACACGGGUAUGUGA